UGUGAGAUUUUGGUGACGGCGAGUACGUGUCAUGCCUUUGAAUGACCACUAGGGGUCGCCCCGUCUACAUAGUUUAUCUUGGACAUUGUCCGAGGCUUACAAAAGUACAAAUAUUAUCGAUACAAAAGUGCAAUAUGACACACAAGAGCAUAUAAUUGACGAAAAUGUUUAAUCUAUUUAAUUUCCAACUCGGAAUGACAUGACAAUUUUCAGUCAUGUGGACAUGAGCAAUGACAACAAUGUAAAAUGGUGUUUUGUCAAUGUCAGAGUGUGUCUCUUAGAUGCAGUAUGCGCCCCCCCCCCAGAAAACGAAACGUGUUACAUGUUAUAUUGUUCUUUUUAACUCUACAUUCCCUCGCUAUCUCAUUUAAUGUUGCACUUAGGUCCCUGGCAAAUCACCGUUUAUGCAAUUGUACGAUAAUCCUGCUCUGUUCAAAGGUCAUCAUCUCAAGUCAGAUAAAAAAAGCGCUGCAAGAAUUGCACUUGUGGACUCGUAGCGCACUCAACGAUCCACUUGUGACCGAGGCAGACACAUUGCGGCUGUCCGCCGAUAGAACGUUGGAAGGUUGUCAGUGCUUUCGCGAGGAGAAUGGCGAGCCGAGUUGAGAAUGAUUUCCACUGUCCGACCUGUUUGGAGAUCUUUAAAGAUCCUGUCAUGCUGCCGUGUAGUCACAGCUUCUGUCGUGAGUGUGUGCAGCAGUGGUGGGAUGGGAAAGGAGAGCGAACGUGUCCGGUCUGCAGACAAACGUGCGGGUCGAUGGAUGUACCUCUAAACCUGGCCCUCAGGAAUUUGUGCGAGGCCUUUUCACAUGCCUCGGUGGAGUCGGAGGACGUCUGCAGCUUGCACAAAGAGAAACUGAAACUCUUCUGUUUGGACCACCAGGAGCUCGUGUGCAUCAUCUGUCGAGAUGCGGAAAGCCACACUGGCCACAAGUUCCGUCCCCUCGAGGAGGUCGUGAAAGGUCACAAGGAGCAACUCCGGGAAGGGCUGCGGGACGCAAAGAAAAGGCUGCAAGAUCAGAAGGAGAUAAGAGACGACUGCAACGAGCAAGCGGCGUACAUCAAGGUCCAAAGGAAGCAGGUUGAAAGCAAGAUCAAGAAGGAUUUCGAGGAGCUUCGUCGCUUCCUGGAGGAGGAGGAGGAGGCCAGGUUGUCUGCGGUGAGGGAGGAAGAGGAAACAAAGAGUCAGACCAUGACGGAGAGGAUCGAGGCUCUUGACAGAGACAUGGCCGCUCUCUCCGCCACCAUCACAAGCACGGAGGAAAAACUGACGUCUGACCCCGUUUCCUUCAUGAAGAACUUCAACACGCUGAGGACCAGAAUCCAGAAGCUACCCGACGCGCCCAAGAAGUUCCCAGGAGCUCUGCUGGAUGAAGUCAAACACGUGGGCAACCUCAAAUUCAACGUGUGGGAAGGAAUGAAGCAGGUGGUCUCCUACAGUCCCGUCAUUCUGAACCCAAAUUCGGCCCGGUCGACGCUCACUCUGUCUGAAGAUCUGACCAGCGUGUGUUCUGUCAAAAAGCAGCAGCGGCCAAGUAAUCCAGAGAGGUCUACGGCCUUCAGUGACGUGAUCGGUUCUCCUUUGGCCUCUGGAACACACACGUGGGAUGUUGAGGUGGGAGAAAACAUCCAGUGGAAAGUAGGAUUGGCGUGGGGGGACCCUUGUUCGCCAGAUGACAUGAAAGCAAAGGGGAUUACAUUCCGGGAUGAGAAAUACAAAUUGUUCGGCGACGCACUUGGAUCCUGGAAGCCAUCGGUGAAAGUGCAGAGGAUCCGAGUUCACGUGGACACGAACCAACGAACGCUUUCAUUGACCGAAUCACUUACAGACACUCUGUUGGGCAAAACGAAUCCUUCCGCUUGGCCACGUUUGUCUGACAACAUAAAACUGUUUCCUUACUUUUGGACAACUGAUAAAAUUCCGCUGCAAAUAAUUCCACGUUCGCCUCAUGUUACGACUCAAAGCCAGUGAUGGUGGUGGAGAUGUUGAGGUCAUCGGGUCACACCCUGCUGGAGGUUUUAUAUUGAUGGACGUGUUCAAGAAACUAAAAAAA